AUGGCAGACUCUCCUCCAUCCCCAGUGUUUUCCAUAUUGGAGUUCCCACCAAACGAGGAGCAAGGUACAGCCCUCCUAGGAACAAAUCCUCCAUCCUAUAGAGGAGCAGUAGGACAUCGGAGUUCUCCAAACCUGAGACGGGGCAAAGGAAAGGAACCUCGCACUCGGACAGAAUCUGCCUCGGAGGCCCAGGAGAUGGACCACGUGGGAGAGCUCAACCAGUUCCGCUCACGUUCCCGCUCUGCUCCAUCUUCUCUAAUGGUUGCUGCUCGGUAUGGACGAGAGCUGAGAAGAAUGAGUGAUGAAUUUGACCAAAGCUUCACGGGUCUUCCUCGUCCUAAAAGUGCAAAUGCAGCUGCUGAGAUGACCAGAAACAAGAGUUUACGGGAAAUGUUUUUUAGUUUAUUACGAUGGAAAGACAUCCAUCAGAAGAAUUAA